CUGCCAAAAACUUUCCCUAAAGCGGUACUCGCAGCAGCGCCUCAAAACGGUGGUUUACACAAAUCUCUUGAUAAGACGAUCGAUCAUCCAUGGCCUGAAAAUACUCUGAAGUUUCAGUUCCAUUCGAACCAUCACCCCAAGAUGAUAGGACGGUUGCCUGUUCUAGUGUUGCUGGCGAUAGUGCUGCAGCUGGUACGAUGUCAAACAUCGAACAAGAGUAUUUCCAAUAAAGUGGCAUCCGAGGGGCAGGUCUGCCAGGCUGGUGAUGUCAUCGGUCGAUGCGUGCCAAUAAAGGAAUACCCCGACUAUGCCGCGAUUUUGAAGAAACAGUUUCGAUCUGCACAGGAAACGCAAUAUCUGAACGAUCGGUUCUGCGGUUAUACACCGGCAAGGAAAGCGCUGGUAUGCAUGCCGGUGAAGAUCAACGAACCGCACUGUGGCAGACAGUUUACCGAUCGGAUCGUGAAGGGAAACCUGACCGAGCUGGAUGAAUACCCAUGGAUGGCACUGUUUCAGUAUAAGAAACCCAAAGGUUUUGGAUUCUAUUGCGGGGGUGCAUUGAUCAAUACUCGGUACGUGUUGUCGGCAGCUCACUGCUUCGUUGGACUGCGAUACGGCUGGGAAGUGAUUAAGGUUAGACUUGGCGAAUGGGACGUGGAGUCUGAUGAGGAUUGUACCGGAACAGACGAUGAACGGAAUUGUGCCCCUCCGAUUCAGGAGUUCGACCUGGAGCGGAUUAUACCGCAUGAGGGAUUUUCAGUGAAGAGCAACAACAAAGUACAUGACAUUGCGCUGGUUCGGAUGUCUGGCGAUGCUCAGUACAGCAACUUCGUGGCGCCGAUUUGUCUACCCGAACCAGGUUGUGUAGCGAACAUGAAACGCCUGAUGGACGGCGUACUGAUUGCAUCCGGUUGGGGGAAGACCGAAAACACAUCCGCCAGUCGAUACAAACUGUACACCAAGCUGCACUGUUCCAACUACGAGGAUUGCAAAGCGAACUACGUCGCACGGAAAGCUAUCUCAUUAACCGAGGGACAAUUUUGCGCCCAAGGUGAUGCUGGGCAGGAUACCUGCAAUGGGGACUCCGGAGGACCACUGAUGAAGCAAAUUGGAGAACAGGCUCGGUACUACGUGACGGGUGUGGUCAGCUUUGGUCCAUCCAAGUGUGGAGAACAGUUACCCGGAGUGUACACCAAAGUGGAGCAUUACUACAAGUGGAUUGCGCAGAAAAUAGUGGAAACUUCUUGAUAGUUCGGUGAAAUCGGAACACACUUUAACGCAGCAUUAUUACAACUGACUAAUAAAUUUAACGUUAGGAACUUCAAAUGGUAGCUCAGAGUUUUAGUACAGUGAUUUUCAUGGUGAUUUUAAUGUUUUAUCCCACCAUUCUCUUUUUACAUUUGAGAAGCGCAUUUCUUCGAUAUGAAUGCACCUUUUUGCUGUUGAGAGUUGUUUACUUAAAGUUAAGAGAGGUUCUGCAAACACAUCACCACGAUUUUUCAAACCCCAAUCGAAGACUAAUUAUUUGGGUCUAACUACCUCAUUUGGCUCCUCACUAACCAGUCUCGAUUUUCAGCAUAAGCUGUCCAAUGUUCAUUUGUUUUUAAUAAAAGCUGUCCAAUGUUCAAUGUAUACGUUUGAAGAGCUGUCGUAUGAAUAAUGAGGAAUGAGGAAUGAAAAGUGAGUAUUGAAGAGUACGGAGUAAGCAGUGUAGGAUGUGGAGUGGGCAUUGAAGCGUCAGAAGUUUGAAGCUGUUGUAAGUAACCAGUGAAGAGUAUGGCACAGUGAUGAGUGAGAAGUGAGGAGGAAGCAGGGAAUAAAUUGUUUCAAGUGGUCAGUGAGUUAAGAUCAAUGAAGAUAGAUUUUGAUGAAGAAUGAGAAGACAUUAAUACAAAGAGAGUGGUGUAAAUUGAGAAGAGAGCAGUGAAGACUGAGGUGUGAUAAGUGAGGAUAGAGAAGUGAAAAGUGGGAAAUGAUUACUGAGCAGUGAGGAUUAAAUAAUGAGGACUGUGGAGUAGUUAUAAGUGAGAAAUUACCAAUGAAAAGUAAG